UAACCCAACCGGGAAGUAGAUUGAGAGCGCGGAAUAGUCAAAAAAUAGCAUGCGUGCCUCGAACCUGCACUUUUUAACAGCGUUGACCAUUCAUGAGCGAUGUAACUGAGUAACGUUGGAAUAAUGUACAACUGGUGCCAAUGUAAAGUUGCUCGUACCUUGUUUGCCUAUUAUGAUUAAAAUAAUAUCUGAAAUCGGGCCCUAACGCGGGCGUAUUGGAGGUUGCUAGCUAACUAGCUAGCAUCAGUAAUAAUUCUCCAUUACUUCUGGCUUGGAACAUCAAACAAUAGCCCAAACUGAACACGGGCACAAUCAACAAAAUGUCUAGCUUUAACUUCGGAUCGACGACUAUUGGGGCGCCCGCCGCCGGUGGGGGCUUUGCGUUUGGUGGGGCGACCAGUGCGCCCGCACCUGCAGCCAAUGCCGGCUUUAGCUUUGGUAAUGCACUGGGUGCAGCGUCUGCCGCUCCGGCAGCGGCCGCAACCGCCACUCCAGCCCUCAGUCUCUUCGGCCAGAAACCCACAGGAGGCUUCUCUUUCAGCACACCUGCCGCAGGUGCUGUGGCACCCACUGUUGGGCUUACAUUAGGAGCCCCUGCUGCUGCGACCGCCACCACCGGCUUCAGCCUGGCCUUCAACAAGCCCGCUGCUUCAGCCGGGCCCUUCUCGCUCACAGCCGCCACCACCGCUGCAGCCCCGGCCUCCACGGGCCUGAUGCUGGGCUCCAUGCUGGGCUCCAUGGCCCCUCAGCAGCAGCAGCCGGCCAUCUCAGGCUUCGGCAUGGGACUCGGAAGCAUCGCCGGCAGCAGUGCGGCCCCCGCAGGCUUCUCGUUGGGCAACAGUCUCUUUGCAAACGCUGGGGCUGGUAUGGGCCAGACCACACUGGGAGGAGCGGGCCUGACCCUGGGUUCUCUGGUAGCCCCCCAAGCCGCCGCUCCCGCUCUCAGCAUGGGACUGGGUGGGGUGGACUUCAGCACGUCCUCAGAGAAGAAGAACGACAAGUCAUCGGGCGCCAAUCCUCAGGACAGUAAAGCAUUGAAAGAUGAGAACCUGCCUCCAAUCAUCUGUCAGGAUGUGGAGAAUUUCCAAAAGUUUGUGAAGGAGCAGAAGCAGGUUCAGGAGGACAUCAGCCGGAUGUCCUCCAAGUCCAUGGGCAAAGUGCAGGAGGACAUCAAGAGCCUCAAGCAGCUGCUCUCGGUCAGCGCCAGCGGCCUGCAGCGGCAGGCCCUGGCCAUAGAGAAGCUGAAGAUGGAGACCGCACAGGAGCUGAAAAACGCUGACAUAGCGCUGCGCACCCAGAAGAUCCCCCCCGGGUUGCAACACGAGAACACGGCUCCCGCAGACUAUUUCCGCUGCCUGGUGGAGCAGUUUGAGGUGCAGCUCCAGCAAUACAGGCGGCAGAUCGAGGAGUUGGAGAACCACCUUACCACGCAGGGCAGCGGCUCACACAUCACCCCUCAGGACCUGUCCAUGGCCAUGCAGAAGUUAUACCAAACCUUUGUGGCACAGGCCGCACAGUUGCAGUCUGUCCACGAGAACGUAAAGAUCCUGAAGCACCAGUAUCUGUCGUACCGACGGGCCUACUUGGAGGACUCCACCGACGUGUUCGAGUCCAAGCGGGCCUCCAACAGGAAAUGGCAGAGCACGCCGCGCCUCACCACCGGUCCCGCCCCCUUCUCCAGCGUGCCCAACGCCGCGGCGGUUGCCAUGGCAGCCACGCUCACGCAACAGCAGCAGCCUGCUCCAGGGUCCCAGGCACCCUUGGGUGCAGGGUUCGGGAACCCCUUUGCCUCGGGAGUCGGUACUAACCUGGGCUCUUCCAGCCUUGGAGGUUAUGGUGGGGUUCCGGGGUUUGGCGGGGUGGGAACGGGGGGCUCCACUUUCGGCUUCUCCACCAGUAAGCCCACAGGAGGCAGUCUGAGUGCAGGCUUCGGUAGCAGCAACACCUCGGGCUUCAACUUCAGCAGCCCGGGCCUCAACGCCUCGGCCGGGCUGACGUUCGGUGUCUCCAACCCCCCCGCGGUGGGCUUCGGUACGCCGGGCGCCCUCCAGCUCAAGAAGCCCCCCGUAGGCAAUAAGAGGGGCAAGAGAUAGAAACGUCAGCGUCGACCACUGAGAGAACGAGAAAAACAUAGAGAACAUAAAAACGCAUUGAGAGUUACAUACCUUAAGUUGUGGUUAGGCAAAUUGGCCCUCGGAGAUUGUUGCGUCUCCCAUCUGCUAACAUUAACAGCAUCUGGAUCUGAGGUUAGAGCACAAAAGCGACAGCGUUUUGAACAUGUUUUUGUUUAGUUUUAUCAAACUGUUUUCAUCUCCCACAAUUGAAUUGUAGUUGCCAGUGUAGCUCGUCUUUAUAUAUGGUUUCCUGUAUUGGUUUUAAAUGUUUUUCUUUGGAAGUUCCUAAGAUGUAUAGUACAAGUGAGUUUUGUGGGGUGUUCAGUGCAAGCAGUUGUGGCUUCACUGACGGAAUGUAUCUGCUGUUUAGACCUACGGACGUAUAUCGUCCACUUUGAGAGACGGUGUAGUGUGGUCAUUGUUUACCUUUUACGGCAUUCGGUCUGAUGGGAAGGUAGCAUUUUGCUGCUUGCGUUGCAUUGAAAGCAUGACUUCGUCCAUUGGCAUCGGCUCGGUAUUGCUGCUCGAGUACCUUUGCUUUUUAAGCACCGCAGUGCUUUUAGUAAUGCUCAACUUAAUAAAUACAGGUGAUGCGUCAAGUAUUCAAGAAAAUCGCCAGGGAACAUUUGCAUCCUGGGUCAUUUGCAUAAUUCAGAUAAGACUCCUUACCAUUAAACAAUUUGAAUAAAUUUCAAGCAAGUAACCACCAAUUAUGUUACUUAAAGCGGAUACAAGGGAAUGAAUGUGUGUGGUUUCAACCUGACAGAGCGGUUGGGGCGUUUCCAUCUCAAAAUGUAAUCUGAUUCAAGACUUUUGUAGGGACAGGAGACGGUACCCCAGGAAGGGUCUUUUUUGGGGCGGGGGGGAUAAGCACAGUUUUAUUUUUGUAUCCAAUGGAGAAAACCUUAAUUUUGUUAGGAGGGUAACCAGCACAUGGGGGGGGAGUAGUCCCUGAAGUCCAGACAACCCUAUGUUGUCGUCUCUAUAGCGUCCAGCCAGUUUUGUAAGAUUGUGUUCCAAACACACUUUCUGUGACUGUUGAAAUGUCUACCAUUGGGGGCAAACCGAAUUGGAAGGAAUAUUGUGUUCUUGAUAUUAGGUGGUUUGUAAGUGUUUGAGUCUGAAAGGGAUUGAUUGGACACACUGAUUCUUCCAUCUGCUCCCUGUAGGCAACCAACGUGUGUACAAGUCAUAAGCAUUUUGUUUGCACUUGCUAGAGAAUGUGCUGGCAGUGACUUUGUGAAUGUGCCUGCUGUGUACUAGUAUGAAAUAUAGUCUGUCUUUAUCGUUUGACGUCUUAUUUUGUCCUGAUGAGUCUGAAAAAAUUGUGUUUUUUUUUCUCUAUUCAAACAUCUGUCUGCUACCAAAUACUUGGACUUGUGAUAUUUUUUCCCCCAUUUUUCUGUUAGUGUCAACCUGUAUUUUCAACAACUUCUCUUUAUAAAUAAAGUACUUGAGAUGUCUGCCUUCUAAACCU